AUGCCCAACGGGAGCCGCUCUCGCGACCCCGACUCUCGCGAUCCCCGAGAUGCCGACUCUCCAGAGCGAGACCGCGACCGCGAGCGGGACAGAGAUCGGGACCGUGACCGAGACCGAGAUUUGAAUAGAGACCGCGACCGAGACUUGGACAGAGAUUCAGACACGGAGCUUGAUCGCGACUAUGACCGUGAUCAUGACCGCGAUAGAGAUCAUGAUCGAGACCGCAAUCGGGAUAGAGACAGGGACAGAGACCGAGAUCGAGACAGGGACAUGGAUAGAGACAGAGAUAGGGACCGUGAUAGGAAUAGGGACAGGGACAGGGACAGAGAUCGCGACAGAGAUAGGCAUCGCGAGAAAGACCGCGUCAUUCCUCGAGAACCUCGCGUUCGAGAUCAUCCACCUAGCAAGCGCAACAGCAUUACCGACCGCCUCCUAGGCUCCUUUAGAGCUGCUCGCGGCGGCGACAAGGACGGCCAUGGCCAUGGCCACAAUCCCCUACCGCCAGUAGCCUCGUCUAUUGGGAGGCGUGCUUCAUCCGUCGUCAAAGGCAGUCCUAUCCCUCGCAUCAAGGAGUGGCUCGACACCUGCGGCGCCGACCACAACCACCAUUGCGCCAUCUCCUCUGAGACUGAGGUCACUACGUGGCACCCAAAAUAUCUCAUCAACGUCGUCGAACGCCGCCUCGUCAAGGGGACGCCCAAGGACCGGUACCUCGCUCUGAGCUACGUCUGGGGCCCGCGCCACAACACCACGCCCCAGAUGUACACUCAGCUACUGCAGUCCAACGUCGAAGCUUUCCAGGAGACCUUGCCCAAUACUGACAUUCCGCAAACCUUCCUCGACGCCAUGUGGCUGGCUAAGAAGCUAGGCAUUCGACACAUCUGGAUUGAUCGGCUGUGCAUUGUUCAGGAUAGCCCGGAAGAGAUGGAGGACAAUGUCAAGCACAUGGCAUACGUCUUUGCCAAUGCCUACCUCACCAUUGUUGCAGCUUCUGGCGAUGUGAAUUCUGGAUUGGUUUCCCUCAACCCCAGACGUUCUUCUGUACGCAACAUGAGGCCAGGGAACAACAACCAUCAAGAUCUGGUGGUGGCUUCGCCUUGGUAUUCGAGGGGCUGGACACUCGUUGAACGUCUCUACUCUCGGCGCUGCGUCUUCUUCUUUGAGGACGCCGUGACUUGGGAGUGCCACUGCGAGACAUGGCAGGGAAGUCCAAAUAGUGUUAUGAAGAAGCUUAAGGGGAAUCGUCAAGGAUGCACGGGAACCAUCCCUGACGCGAUUUUCGCUUACCAGCACUCACCUUGGCCCGACCUCGACGAGUAUGCUCGCAUCGUCAUGGAUUACAGCGCGAGAAAGCUGACCCACGUUGACGAUACUCUGCCUGCGUUUUCCGGCAUCACGCAUGUCCUUUCGCGCUCAUUCCCAGGCGGCUUCGUCUUCGGCAUGCCUAUAAUGUUUUUGGACAUCGCUCUCUUGUGGCGUCCCCACGCCUCGAUUCGUCGAAGGGCCCUGCCGAAACCACCAUUCCUCCCGUCUUGGUCCUGGAUGGGCUGGUGGUUCGACAACAUUCCAGUCGACUUGACACUAUGGAGAGCCGCGGCAGAUUACGUCGAGGAGGCCCGCUCGGGGAAACGCGGCCAGGAAUCAAAGCGGUACAAGUCUGCGCACCCGUUCCGCAUCAGGCCGACCGUCACAUGGAGCCUCACGAACCGGGCCGCUACCGUGCCUCUCAUGAAUACGGGUCUCCAGUACCGGGAGCUCCGGGGCCGGAGGAGCCCCACUUCCGACCUCCCCCCGGGUUGGUCCCGCACCGGCUCCUACUACAAGCACGACAGCGACGAGUCGGCGCUCUUCAAGUAUCCCAUCCCGGUCGAGGAUCCUCCCGAGACCAACAGCUACGAACCGCCCGUGGGCGAACAGGCCUACCCCGUGCCGAUGCUCUCUUUCCGAACAACGACGGGUCAUUUCGAGGUUGAUUUCCUCUCCACGCUCGCUCACCGCGACCGGCCAAAUCCGCCCCUUGCCGUUGGAAACAUCUGGGGCAAGGCGAACAAGUGGGCAGGCCAGUUCCGAGCGCACGAUGGCUGGCUGGGCGUUCAGUCAUCCAACUAUGACGGCGAGGAGCGCCUCGAGUUCAUUGCCGUGUCAACAGCCACAGAGAGGCGGGGCUCGCAUGUCUUUGACACUGAGCGGUUCGAGGAGCACAUGGACGCUGACGAGAUGAUCGAUAUUGUCAAUGUCCUGUGGAUCGAACGCAUUGGUGAGGUUGCGUACCGCAGGGGAAUUGGCCACAUAUUGCUCAGGGCAUGGGAGGCGCAGGCCAAGGAGGAAGUAGGAGUUCUACUCGGAUAG